UUACUUUAACGUGAUUUGUCAGUUUGACCAGGCGCGUUUGUUGAACCAGGAAGUAACUUCCUGAGACGUUUACCGCGCGGAAAGUAAGAAACAUUCACCGUACCAGCGUCGCACGGACGGAAUAAGCCUUUAUCGUAAGCAGGGCAGUGAGAUGAAGAAGCAGAGGGAGAGCCAGUGCACUCAGAAGACCAUCUCAUUGCUGAGCCCCCUGGGGACGAUCCAAGUCAGCGGAUGUGAGAAUGGUGUGCACACCAUCCAGAUCCUAAUGGAUGUCGCACCUGCUGAAAGGAGCACCGAGGCCCCCCCGAGCUGUGUGGUCAACGAUAGCCCGGCAGAAACGAGCCCCGAGUUGCAGCGCUGCGUGGAAUGGCUCCAGGCGUACUUCAGCGAGCCGCAGACCACUGGGAGUCUCCCACUGCCUGCCUUCCACCACCCCGCCCUGCAAGGAGAUGGGUUUACCAGCCGUGUGCUGCACGUACUUCAGAAGGAGGUGAAGUUCGGAGAGACCGUCUCGUACAAACGCCUCGCUGAGAUGGUGGGAAACCCCAGAGCAGUGCGAGCGGUGGGAGGAGCCAUGAGGAGGAACCCGGUUCCUCUCCUCAUUCCCUGUCACAGAGUCAUUUCUAGCAGUGGACAGAGUGGGCCGUACAUGAGCGGCAGGGGCGACCAUCUCAAACAAUGGCUGCUCGCCCAUGAGACACAGUAGAGAAAGAACUAAAGCAUGACAGAGGCCAACUGUCCUCCGUUGACUACAAACACACACACACACACACACACACACAAGGCCAUUUUUUUUUUUUUUUUUUUACACAGGGCCAUAAAGUUUAGCGUGCUUGGCACACUCUGUGAAACUGGAGCUACUUGUAAAUAUUCAUUUUAUUCUCCUUUAAAAAAAAAGGAAAAGAAAAGAUAAUUCUAAGAAUAGAGAGGUUAGGCAUUGUUAAUGUGAUACAGAGUAGUAGCAGAAUUAGAAUGUACAAAAAUAACUUAAACACAAAACAGUAAGAAUUACAAACAUAUGCUCCCGUGGGUCUUCGUUGCCGGUUGCCAGAUAGUGCUGGAAUGGUUUUUCUAAAGAAUUAUUAUUCCUUUAAAAAUAUGUCUCUUACGCUGUUGUUGUUAUUGUUGUUGUUUCCCUAAGUAGAAUUAGUCUUUGUACCUCUCGUUGUUGUUGGUUUUUUUUUUUUUAAUUUCCUGCCAAGUGAAAGCUUUGUUCAACAUCCAGUGAUAAAGGCUGUGAAUUUUACUGCUACAAAGCUUUUGUAGUGAAGCAUUUGUUUGGUCUUCAUUUAGAGCUCAUUGUUUGCUCACUGCCUCAUAGAGCCCAUGUAGAAGUGCGACGCAUACUGUAUUUAUAAUGACACCUUUAAAUAAAUAACAUCUCAGAGUGACACGUAUUUCCCUUUUUUUUUUUCUUCUUUUAAUCGUUUUAAUUGUGUUUGAUUUGAAAAUGGAUUUCAUGUAGCGUUCACUCAGUCCGGCUCAAAAUUAAUUAUGCCGUGUGUCUCCUCUCCCCGCUGCACUGUGAGUGUGUGUGUAUGAGUGUGUGUGUGUGUGUCACUGCUCCUCCUUUUAUUUCUGUGUGCUGUUUUCCAUUAGAGGGCAGUACAGAACGGGAAACAGGAAUCAACAUUUCAACCUUGGAUUCAUCCUGCACAUCAAGUCUGUAACUUAAAUGUUUUUUUAUUAUGCCAUGUUAUUUUCAUCACAGCUUCUUUUAAAUCCCUUUGGGAUAAAUUAUUCAUUCCUAAACAGAACAUAUGGAGAGGUCGGCGGCAGUGAUGUGUGCUCAGAAAAAUCAUUUGCUUUAAUUGAAUGUUUUUCCUGUAUGUUCAUUUACUUUAUUUCCUCAUAAUUACCUGAUGGGGGGAAGACUGACACUGUAGUUUUUUUUCUUUUUUUUUCCUUUUUUCUCCUGAAGCUCCAAAGUGACCCUUAACUGGCCCAUAGUUAUUCCCUCUCUGUUCAGCCCAGGUAGCUAAUAAUCCAUUCUCCAAAAAUAACCUCGGCUCUAACCUUUACAGAACCAAUUCAAGUGGCCCACUCGCUGAAUAAUAUUUGAACUUUCGCUGCAUUUUUGAAUUUCUUAUCCAAUCCCCUCCGUGCUGCUGUAUUCACUUACUGCGCCGUUGAAGCAGCCAUCGCAGCGGAGAUGUUGAGGCAGCAGACAGGCAGAUGAAGAAUGAGACUCAGUCUGUGGUUUCACAGAGGGCUAAUGAUGCCUGUGGUGACUACAGGCUACAGUCAGGGCCCUAACGAAGGGAGCUGUGACACAGCCACAAGGGGUCCCAUUUAAGCCCGGCGCACUCUGAAGUGCACUGUAAGCACCCUCCUUUUUUUUUUUUUUUUUUUUUU